AAUCGAACUGUUUAAGCCAUGUUCAUUCUUCUGCAUUAAGUUCAAUUGAGUGGAUGUACAAAUGUACAAAAUAAUCUUUUGUGUAUUUUUAUCAGCUGUUGCAAUAUGUAUUGCUCAGCAGGUGAAAUGCGUUGCAAUUUCAAAGUAUUUCAUUCCAAACUUUACGGCAAAUUGGUUCAAAGCGUUUGAGUACUGCAAUUACCUGGGGAUGCGGUUGGCCAUCAUUGACACUGCCACCGACCAAUCGAAACUGGUACAGAUGAUCGAGUCAACGGAUAAAUUCAACAACGUUUCUACUGAGAUAUGGAUCGGUGCGAGCGAUUUGGCGCAAGAAACAUUUUUCCAUUGGCACUCAACCGGUCUCCGGGUGCAAUACACUAACUGGAUGCAAAAUCAACCUGAUAAUGCCAAGGGUGUUGAACACUGCGUGGAGAUACGACACAUCCCGGCUCAUGGCUGGAAUUGGAAGUGGAACGAUAGGGAAUGUACGGCGAUGAGGUAUUUCGUUUGUGAGAAUCUAGAUGUAGGGAAGGAGGUAGUGCUGUUUUGAGUGUAAGGCUAUCUUGAGAAUAUUCGUAUCAAUUGACUGGGAAAUCUUCAGCCAAAACUGCCAAUAUUUGUAAGACAGUCCUUUUGAUCAGCGUCUUUAAUUAAUGAGUCAUAAUGAUUAUAUUAGAAGAAAAAAUGUAUACCAGUUAAUUUUUAAGAUGAAUUACAGCUUCAACUUAUUACUCGAUCUUACAAAGAAAACAGUAAAUAUCAGUUUUUGUCAAUUAAGCUUGGUAAAGUAGUAUGAAACAUGUAGUGAGAAGAUCAAUUUAAUUGAAAUACAGUUUUUACUAUACUUACUACUGUAAAAGUGUUUGAACGUAUGAGUCGGUCACUGUAUUGACAUAUAUUCUGAAGAAUUUAGUGUUUCUUAUGGUAGCAUUCUGGGAUCAAUGUACAAUAAUUCACCAUCCGACUUAUCUGAGUUACCUUAAGGUUGUAAAAAAUCUUUGUACAUAUUAGUUGUUCAGCCCUCUGGAUCAAAGGACAAAACUUGCGUGUCUUCUGUAGUUGAUUUCAAAAACAGUUUUCUUCAUAUUUGUUAAAAUGAAAGAUUCCUACUAAUAUUUUCAAAAUUACAAUAUCCCCACAUAAAAAUAAACCAUUCACACAAGGUAGGAUUCAAUGAA